AUGGGAAUCUUAAUUAAUAUUGUUUGGCCUGAACAUAAUAUUGAACGAUAUAUAGAGCUAACAUGGACGGUAACCCAUUUGAAAGAGCGUCUCGAACUAAUUACUGGUAUUCCGGUUUCAGCACAACAUCUAACUUUGUCACCUAAUGUAGCUGUUACGGAUUCAACAAUAACUCUUGAUAAACUUAACAUACAACCAAAUACAUGCCUUCAUGUGUCAGAUACUAGAGACCAAGUUGAAAUCAAUAAAUUGAAUUCAGAAGAUGUUGAACAUUUUAAAAUAAGUGAUGAAGCAUAUGCCGCUAGACCCAAUACAUUUUCUAAAUGGAAAGGAACACAUAUUCCUACAUCAACUAAAAUCAAUCAGGCUUGGCAAAAAAUAUACGAAAAAGGAAUCGAGAUAGACCAACGAUGUUCUGUUGAAGGCGAAAAUAAGACACGUAAUGGACGAGUUCGAUUUAUUGGUCAAGUUAAAGGAUUACCGGAAGGCAUCUGGAUUGGAGUCGAAUAUGAUUUACCAGUUGGAAAAAAUGACGGAUCAUUUCAAGGGACUCGUUACUUUACCGCAAAUGAGAACCAUGGUUCAUUUCUUCAUCCUAACAGAAUUCGAAUAAUCCCGUCUUCACCUACGAAUACGGAUUUAAAUGAAGAGAUAUAA